CACAGAUGUCCCUCCACGCUUGGCACUCCACUCCCCUGUUACGGCACCCAUCUUUUGUUUAGCAGCCAAAGCAGGGGAGAAAAGAGGGAGAGAGGCACAGAGGAGAAAUUGCCGUUUCUCUUUGAGCCUCUAGCCCGUGUGUGUGGGUUGCUGUGCGUGUGUGAGUGCAAGGAGGAGAGAGAGCGAGACGUAAGGCAGGAGUGAUUUUUUUCACCACUCCCAAUUCCCGAUUCCUACCUACCUCCCCCAACCCCUUUUUUUUUCCAUGUUCACAACUUGAAUACAAGUGUCAGCUGCCACAGCGGGAUAAGCUAAAGGGAUGCUCUGAAGAAGGCCGCCUCUGUUGGGGAAAAGACAGGGAGAGAAAAUCCAGCAGGCGAAAUCAAGUGGACACAAAAGCGGAUUUUUUGGGAGAUUGAAUAGGAAGCCCUCACGCCGCGCAUGAAGGGGGAUAGCAGCCUGUUAGAAGUCUCCAGCUAAGGCCCUGGGUCCAAGAACGCAACGUGGUGUAUGGGCUGGAUGUGUCAAAGGUUUCCCUGCCUGUCUCAGACUCCUCCACGCUUCUACCCAGUACCCCCUUCUUCACCACCAUUGCCGACUGGUGGGCAGAGGCCUGGAUUGCUCCCUCACAACUCUAAGGGCAAAAGAGAGCUUAUCCUCAAGAGACAGGGCUUCGUCGUGUCAAGGGGUGUGGCCGAUCUGGACGUGCUGGAUGCCCUCACCUCGACACAUGCUCCCAUGCUGGGCAGACCUGUGCAGUGCUUAUCCUUGGCAUUGCCAUGAACGAGUUAUAACUGUGGGUAAUGACGAGGUAUAAAACCAACACCGGACAUGCCGAAGCGAAGAGACAUCCUUGCCGUCGUGUUGAUUGUGUUGCCUUGGACACUGCUCAUCACCGUUUGGCACCAAAGUGCAAUCGCUCCCCUGCUGGCCAUCCGAAAGGCCUGUCACCACCUAGUAAAAGAGAUCUUUAUCAUACCCGAGAGGCUGGCAGUUCGUCGGCACCGCCCCACAGAUGACACGGCUGAGGGCCAUCGUGACCCGGGGCAGGGCUCUGACUCUAAGGAGUAUUGCUCUUCAGACAAGGACAUAGUGGAGGUGGUGAGGACCGAAUACGUGUACACCAGGCCCCCACCCUGGUCCGAUGUGCUGCCCACCAUCCACGUGGUCACACCCACCUACAGUCGGCCCGUCCAGAAGGCGGAGCUGACCCGGCUGGCCAACACCUUUCUCCACGUCCCCAAUCUCCACUGGAUACUGGUGGAGGACUCCCAGCGGCGCACCCCACUGGUCAGCCGGCUGCUCCAUGAGAUGGGCCUCAACUACACCCACCUGAAUGUGGAGACACCCCGGAACUACAAGCUGCGGGGGGACACCCGGGACCCGCGCAUCCCCCGGGGCACCAUGCAGAGGAACCUGGCCUUGCGCUGGCUUCGCGAGACUUUCAGCCUCAACAGCACCCAGCCGGGGAUUGUCUACUUCGCUGACGAUGACAACACCUAUAGCCUGGAGUUGUUUGAGGAGAUGCGGUCAACCCGGAAGGUGUCUGUCUGGCCUGUGGCCUUCGUGGGUGGCCUACGCUAUGAGUCACCGAAGGUCAACGCCGCUGGCAAGGUGUACGGCUGGAAGACGGUGUUUGACCCCCACCGGCCCUUUGCCAUUGACAUGGCAGGCUUCGCCGUCAACCUCCGCCUCAUCCUCUUCAAGCCCCAGGCCUACUUUAAGCUGCGUGGUGUGAAGGGCGGCUACCAGGAGAGCAGUCUCCUGCGAGAGCUGGUCACUCUCAAUGACCUGGAGCCCAAAGCAGCAAAUUGCACUAAGAUUCUAGUAUGGCACACCAGGGCAGAAAAGCCUAUUCUAGUUAAUGAAGGAAAGAAAGGAUUCACAGAUCCCAACGUGGAGAUCUGAUGUGGUUUUUGGCCCUGGUAGCUGCAUUUGGUUGAACCCUGCACCGGCCGCCAUCACCUGACAAGAGCACACAGGAGUGGACAUGACUGAUGGUGUCCUACUUUUGUCUCUUAUGUUAGAAGCCCCCUUGGCAAUGUUUCCACAGCAUUUGGAGAGCCCCCCCCC